CCCGCUGCACGGCCCGGCGGCAGCGGCGUCUCCGAGCAACCGCGGGCGGAAGCGGCGGAGCGGAGCGGGCGGUGUAUAUCCCUGCAGGGUCACUGCCAUGGUACUGAAGGUGUUCUUUCCAUCGUGCUGCUCCUCAGCAGACAGCGGCAUUUUGAUCGGCCGCUGGAUCUCCGAGCAGAACUCUGCUGUCAUCCUUGCUGUGGUGCACUUCCCCUUCAUCCCUGUGCAGGUGAAGCAGUACCUUGGGGAAGUCCAGCGUGUGACUCAAGUCAGUGUUUCUGUGCUUGGCUCGUGGAGCAAUAGCAAACAGGAGAAAGAGGAGAGUCUCAGUGAGUUCUUGGAAGACCUUGGGACCAUAUUCUGCCAUGAGCCAUGGAUCCAGAUAAGCAAAGAGGGAGACAGCAAAUUCUGGAGCUGUUCUAUCCUUCAGAAACACUCUACAAACCCUCAGGAGGAAGAAAUCAUCUUGGUGUACUAUGACCAGCGCAAGGUCAUGCUUUCCCAUCUGCACCCCCCUUUGGACACAGCUGGCCAGGGGGCAGAGGAUGCCUCAAAGCUCUCGGCCAUCUUUGACACGGUGGCCAGGAGCCAGGUGCUGUUCAUGACAGACAGGUACGACGAGGGGCCCAUCAAGCUGACCCACUGGCAGUCGGAUGGGGUGGAGGCCAGCAUCAUCGUGGAGCUGCUGAAGCAGGCCUCUGUGCCUGCCUGCAUGCUGCUGACACUCCUGCUCUCUCUGCUCUCUGGGAUCUGCAGGAGCAGGGUGCUGAAGUUUUGGCCUUUGUCUUUCUUGUGGAGCAAACUCUCAACCUGUGAGCAGCUGGGACACCGCCUGCAGCACCUCCAGGUCAUCAGCAGCAACAAGAAGGCUCAAAACCAAAAUCAGCUGAUGAGGAAAGCCAACAUCUUUGUGUCUCUGCUGAUUGAUGUGGCCCUGGGGAUACUGCUGAUGUCGUGGCUGUACAGGAAGAACCGCAUUGGUCACCUUGCUGACACCCUCAUCCCUGUGGCUGACCACGUGGCUGAAGAGCUGCAGGACCUGCUCCAGUGGCUGAUGGGAGCCCCAGCUGGACUGAAAAUGAACCGAGCCUUGGAUCAAGUCUUGGGCCGCUUCUUCCUUUAUCACAUCCAUCUGUGGAUCAGCUACAUCCACCUGCUGUCCCCGUUCAUUGAGAUGAUCCUGUGGUACGUGGGGCUGUCGGCCUGCCUGGGGCUGACCGUGGCUCUCUGCAUCCUGUCCGACAUCAUCGCGCUCCUCACCUUCCACAUCUACUGCUUCUAUGUCUACGGGGCCAGGCUCUACUGCCUGAAGAUCUACGGCCUGUCCUCUCUGUGGCGCCUGUUCCGGGGCAAGAAGUGGAACGUGCUGCGGCAGCGGGUGGAUUCCUGCUCCUAUGACCUGGACCAGUUAUUUAUUGGCACAUUGCUGUUCACAAUCCUGCUGUUCCUUCUGCCUACAACUGCACUGUAUUAUUUGGUGUUUACCCUGCUCCGCUUGCUGGUGGUGAUUGUGCAGGGCCUUAUACACUUGCUGGUGGACCUGAUUGACUCCCUGCCUCUUUAUUCCCUCAUCCUUCGCCUCUGCAGAUCCUACAGGCUCGCAGCUGGAGUGAAGUUCAGAGUCCUUGAGCAGCAGGAUGGAAAACCUCUACGUCUCCUGAUGCAGAUCAACCCCCUCUCCUAUGGAGGUGUGGUCCAGACCUACAGACUGCCCACCUACAGCUGCUAUCCCAGGGACUCCUGGGCAUCUCUCUGCAAGAAACUCUUCCUUGGAGAGCUCAUCUACCCCUGGAAACACAAAGGAGACAAGCAGAACUAAAGACAGUGGAAGAACUUGGGAAUUUGACCUGAAAAACUUAACAACUAAUGCUUUGGGACCAAAGGCUGCUCAGAGCCAGCAACUGCUUCAUCCCUUUAAACAGAUUUUGAUAACAUAGGAAGGGCUGAAUUUUUAAAGGCAAGUAUUUUUAAACAUUAUUUUUCAACUUUCUCCUGCCCUGCACUGUGUUUGUAUAUUAUGCUAAUGAUUAUUUUGGAAGCAAAAGGUGAAACCCAUCAGUGCCUCAUGAAACCAGCACUCAGUGUCACGGAGGGAGCAGCUCCCAAAUGGUCUGGGGAUGAAUUUCUCCUUCCAUGUCAGCUCACAGGGCCAUAGCAAAUCAGCCCCUCAGGUGGUUUGGAGCCACAAAGCUGUGGUGCCUUCAGCCAGAGCAUGUUUUUGUGCUUCAGACCUCAAGCCAGCUGAUCAAAACCAUGUGGAGAAUCAGCUCGUGGAGUCCUACACUGAAAACUGAGCAGCUGGGUGUCUGAGCUCAUGGGAUAUUUAUUAACUUCUUUUGAGGAGGACCUGCACUCACCCUCACUGCAGCACCAGAGGUGUUGGAGAGUGAGGCUGGAGGCCCAGAAGCACAGACUGUUUUAUCAUGAUUCUGUGAUUUCUCUUGGGAGAGUGCUUUGGAUACAUUUCCAAAGUGCAGGAGUGCUUGGCUUUCCGUGUUCUGGUCUCAUUUUGAUGUGUCUCCUAUUCUCUGUCUUGGAAAGGGUGCCUGUGCACUGCAGGAUGUCCCACUGGGCAUCAGUGGUUGUGUCAAAUUUAAAUACAGUCCUGACCCAAAAUACAGUCCUGACCCAAAAUACACUUCCUGCAGCUCUGCUCAUUUCUCUGCCCCAGCUCAGACAAGGCCUUUGAGGUUUCUUAGGGCCAUGUGAGGGAUGCAGGACUACAUGGGCACUACAUGGUGCCCUGUCACCCUGAGCCAGGGCAAAUCCCUGGGAAAGCCAGUGUGGCAAAGCCCCCCUCACCAUCUGCCUUUACAGGCUCUGGUGGGACAUCCCUGCCUGCAGAAACUGCAGAGAACAAGCUGUUCUGGGCUUAAAACUCCUGUGCAGCAUCUUCUUGUCCUGGAAUGAUCACUACCUGAGGAAUUCUCUGCGCUCCAGGUGUGAAUAACUGCAGGCUGUGAUGCACUCAGUGGAAGAAUGGUGUAAAUAACAUUUUCACUCCAGCUGAAGUCAGAGUCAUGAGCCCCAUCCUCACCUGGCACUGAGCAGAGCAGGUUUACACCUCACCUCCCUCUCAUCUUUCCUGUGGAGCUCCUAAAUGGUAUCCCCUGGUUCCUCCCACGCCUGCACAGUUCAGUUUGCUGACUGCUGUGAGAAACUUUGUUAUUUUUGGUCUAGUGAAAGGAAUGUUUCUAAUAUCCUGGCUUUUAAAAUCUGUCUGUGGGACCAGACAGUUCAUGCUCGUCCUAAUCAAGGUACAAAUCCUUAGGUACAAAUGCCAUGAUAGCCCCAAUGACAGCACAGAGCCACAAACACCAGCAGCUGUGACCUUCCUACUGGGACCCUGCCAGAUGUAUCAGAUGUUCCAGCGUUGGGUUUGUUUACUGAAGGCUGAUACUGACUCUGGCGUGGGGAAAUACCAAACCAAGGAAAGGCUCCUCCUCAAACCUGAGACCCUGAGUCUUCUGCAAGGGAGAACCUGGAGCAGCCCAUCUGGGCAGUGGCAGCUCCUUGUGCUUGCAGUUCUCCUGUGUCACCCAGAGUGGUGCCUGAGCUGCCUCUCUGCUCCUUGCACUGGCUGUUCUCCUUGCCUGCAGUGGUAUCUGAGCAUCUGAGUUGCUCCUGCUGGAUGUUUGCCAUGUCUCUCCUCUUCCUUUCCAGUCCCUGCUGGAAGAGUCUUCCCCCACCCUUUCCGACUGUGUGCAGGGACAUUACAGCACUGCAGCAGGCAUCCUGCUCAGGAGCACCUGACCUUAUGUCAUCUCUCUAAUUAGAGUUAGGAUCUGCCUCAUCUUCCACAGCAGCACAGACUGGCCCAGUGCUGGCAUUUCCUCCGGGAAGAGGCUGCUGGUAAGGCUCUGGCUCUGAUUUGUCCUCAGAUCCAUGUUAUCCAGAGCAGCUCUUGGAUGAGAAGUAGUUAAAAAUUCCAGUUCUCCCAUUCCUACCACGCACCCCUUAUAGCAGGCAGCAGGCAGGCUUUGCCAGCCAUCAGUCAAAGACUCUAAUCUUACAGACUUCUUUUAAUACUGCAUUUCCUUAUUAUUAUUUCUCCCACCUUUUGGUUCCCAGUGCUGCCACAAACCCCCUCUUUACAUAGGCAGGGGGUUUGUGAAGGAAAAUGUGAUUCACUGUGUGAAAAACUCUAUCCUAGAGAGAAAUUCUGCCUUGGAGAAAUACUUUCUUCCCCUAACCAGGACAGCAUGUGACGAUGCUGAAAGGAAACCUCAGUAAUUACUGCACUGAAAGCUCUGGUUAUGGGUUUGGGAGUCUUCCCUGAUGCUUGCUGCUGGACUGUGCCCUGUUCAGGCCCACACAAAGACUCUUGCACAAAUACACAGCCCAUAUAUUGACUUCCAGUAGUGUAAGGAAAAUCUGCAUGUCACCCUGCAGAGAAUGAGCUGCUUUCCUUCUGCCCUGUGCUGCCUCUUCCUGCUGCUCCAACACCAUCUUCUUGCAUAACUUUAUCCCUCAGUGGUUUAGCC